AUGUACACUAUCGGAAUCAUUGGCGCCGGUCACGUCGGGUGUGCACUUGCCUUCGAUCUCUCUGAGCGAGACAACAAGGUAGUCCUAAGGACUAUGCUAGGGCACCCCGGGAACACUCCGAAUAUUCUGGCCAACGAUGGCUAUUUGGUAGCCACGGGCCUUUUUAAGGGCCGUGUCUCUGUGGAAAUCGGCCACGGACUGUCGCAACUCACAGAGUCCAUCAUCUUGGUCGCCAUUCCAUCAACCGGCAUCGACCAGGCCCUUGAUGAGCUUGCCGGGCAUGACUUGAGCAACAAAAUGCUUAUUUUCAUUGCGGGCAAUUCCGGUGCUAUCAAAGCUCAUAUGACAACAAACGCAAGAGGCAUUAUGGAAACGGCCACAGCGCCGUACAGCUCUCGCGUCAGUGCCGACGGCAGCGUCAGCGUUCGAGGCAUCAAGAAACGCUUUAAGAUGAGUAUCAUUGCCCCAGAUAUGGAGGAGGACGACAUGGCACAGAUUGCAAGGCUCUUUCCAAUGCCAAUUGAAUGGUGCCCAAGUGUCUUGGAGACUUUUCUGUCUGCCGUCAACGGUGUUAUCCAUGUACCGACAACCUUGAUGAACCUGGGAUGGACAGAAACCACCAAUGGCGACUUUUACUUUUAUCGCCAAGGGAUGAGUCCCGGGGUCUGCACUGUCAUUGAGGCCCUGGACCAGGAGAGAAUGGCCGUGGCCGCGGCCUAUAAUGUGCGCUCCAAGUCGGUGGUGGAGACCCUCAACAACUACUAUGGAACAAACGAGACGACUUUCCGCAACUUUGUCAACACGACCGUGGCACACAAUUCGACUAAGGGGGUGCAGAAGCGAUUCAUAGACCAAGACGUCCUGUGCUGGCUAGUGCUCUGCUCUGAGCUAGGCUCACGAGCCGGUGUCCCCACCACUUCUAUCGACACGAUGAUAAUCUUGGCAUCGGUCCUUAUGGGCACGGACUAUAGGGCUACAGGAACUACGCUCAAGUCACUCGGGCUUGAAACUGCGACAGUGGAAGAAGUCAGCAGAUUUAUUCGCGGUGGCGAAAUGCCUGACGUUGCUGUGCAAGCCAAGCAGGCCAAGGCUCAGCGCUUGGCUGUCUUGUGA